AUGUCGAAUCGUCGGCUGGAACUUCUCCUCUUGAUGCUCGAUUUGGCGCUGAUACUCCGUCCGACUGGCUCGAAAAGCCCGAAUUCGGAGCUGGCGGAGAUCCUUCAUCGGCCCAUCCGGUCGUUGACGUUCCCGGAAGAGAGCACCGCAGGUCUGUUCUUCGCGCUGGCGGUACCCCUGGAAGAGCCUUACAAGUCCAUCUCCAUAGCCUAUUUCUUCGAGGCCACUUACAACCUGCCGACAAACGCCAGCGACGAGAACCUCUGGCUGAGAAGCGGGGAACGAAGGAGCAGGAGGAGCCUGGACAGGGCCACGCUGUACCAAGUGGUGGAGAACAAGUUCGUCAACUACGGAUAUCAGGGUCACGAAUGCCUGCUGAGGGCCAUUUGCGAAACUUCGGAGCGCUCCCUGAGACAUAACGGACUCAUCGGUGACAUUCUGCACGUGAUCUUCACACCGACGAGCUCGCGACACGAGCGACUGCCGCAGGACAUUCUUCAGGCUGAAGUGGUCGGACGUAAUGGAAGCUGCUCCAAGUACCGACCGCAAUGCCCCGUGGGACUCUUCGACUUGAUUGGAGUCCUCGGCUGA